AUGUCCAACCUACCCCCACCCGUCAACAAUCCCUACGACCCUACAAACGCUCUCGACGAUAUCCCGGGUCUUCACUGGGCCCUCCACGAGUUCCUUCAAUCUCGUAUGCAUGAAAGCGAGCGCUACUGCGAACAAAGCGAUCCAGACAAACAGAGAUUGUACUUUGCGACUGGGUAUGGUCUUAUUCAAUGCGUGAAGGGUCUCAUGUCUUUUGAGGACAAGGAUCUUUUAGCUUCUAUCAAUCACACCAAGCACGGUAUCAGUAUUGCUUCUGCACAUCGUAAACGCCCCGGCAGCCUUGCAGGUCGUCUUGCGGGAUACAUAGUUCCCUCCCUCAGCACUAGCGGCACAGAAUGGAUUGCGGGUAUGACACCCGUGGAACGCCAUGCUGAACUCGUCUAUGCAGAGAGUCUUUAUCAAAAAAGUCUUCUUGGGAUCGUGUAUUCGGGCGAUUGGUUGGCGUUCAUCAGGGAGGUACUCAACAUGCGCACCACUAUCUCCAUAUACCGCCAACUCGGUAAAUGGAUCGAGACAGUCACACCUACACACGAACUCACAUCCCCACCCCCAUCAUCUCCCACCCCACCAUCCACGCACCCAUACCUCCCCUGCCCAUCCAUCGACCCCCAUUUCCGCUCCGGGGUAUACCUAGGCCUCGGCAUGUCCCACCUCGUGCUCAGUAUGAUGCCUGGAAAGCUCCUCCCGCUGGUGGAGUUGUUUGGGUACAAGGGCGAUAGGAAGUUUGGGUUAGAGUUGUUGGAGAGGGCUGGAGGAUGGGGUGCAAAUGGGCGGGUGGUCGAGAGAGACACAGAAGGCGUCCGACGUGCGAUCUGUGAUAUGUCACUACUCAUAUUCCACCUUGUUCUCUCUGCGUUUACAUUUGAAGGAGUGGAUGUGCGUAAGGCUGCGAGGGUAUUGGAGUGGAAUUUGAAGAGGUAUCCGAAUGGCGUCUUCUUCCUGUUCGGCGCAGGCCGUCUCGCCCUCGUCCGUUCCCAACCCUCAAAAGCCCUCGCCUACUACGCACGCGCUGCACAAGCUCAGACACAGUACAGGAAUUUGCACCAUAUUUCGUGGUGGGAGAGUGCCGUUGCUUGUUUGGGGCUUUGGAGAGUCGCGGAAAGCAGAUCGUGGUGGGGGAAGCUUGGAGGCGAGGCUACGUGGUCUAAAGCAAUAUACACAUACGGCGAGGCAGCAUGCCUAGCCACGCUCGGCGAGCACGCACAAGCGAAGAAAUUGAUGGAGCGUGUCCAAGGGCUGAGGCAGAAAAUCGCAGGGAAGAGUAUUCCUGUCGAGAAAUUCGUCGCCCGCAAAGCCCGCAAAUACCUCUCCCAAUCCGACAAACUUCUUCUCCCAGCCCUAGAGCUCGCCUACGUAUUCCACGCGAUCGCCCAUGCGCCUAGGGAGGUUAUUGCGAGGGAGAUGAUUCCUGCUGUUCGUGGUGCUUUGGGGGAGUUGGGUGGGGUUAAGAAAGGAAAUGAUAAGAAGCUGGAGUCGCGGAGUGGGUAUUGGGAUGAUGUCUGUCUUGCACGGUUUUUGGAGGGCGUAUGUUGGCGGUUUGUGGCAUAUCCGGACCCGGACGCUGAGCUCGAGCCUGACGAAAAAAUCCCGUUCUCACCAGAAGACGCGCGCGCGUACUCGGAAGGCGCAUUCCGUGCUGUCUUUGAGCAUGGACCUAACAUCGAGUUGGACCACUAUAUCGUGUAUUUUGCGCAUUUUGAGUACGGCAGAUUGCUAGCGAGAUCAGGCGACAAGGAUGGCGCAAGGACUCAGUUUAAUCUUGUGAUGUCUGGAAAGGCGCUUGAGGUGAACGCUGCUGGGCGAAAGAGUAAAUACAGUUUAGAGAACGCACUUCACAUAAGGACGAAUGCAGCGUUAGAAGCAUUAGAUCAGAACCGCCUGUUGUGA